ACAUCUCCGUUGCCGAGACUCAAGAAGUUUUCCGCCAUCUUAACAUACUGGAUGCUGGAUGUUCUGACCACUUAUGCACGUCAUGGAAAGACCUUUGUUAUCGGUUGAAUGAUUUUUGGGAGGGCAAUCCUACAAUGAUGCAUCUAGACGAUGCACCCAAAAAGAGUCUCAUUAAGCGUUUGACCCGAAGGAACAUUAGUCGCGUUUUUGUGACCGAUUUCAGAUGGAUGAAAUAUUUGCCAGAACACAUCGAAUAUGUCGAUGCUUCUUUCAUCUGCAAUGAUUUUGGCGAUGAAUGUGUUGAAGCGCUUGUCAGGAAGUUGCCAAAUCUGAAAUAUUUGAGCCUGUCCCAUGCCGAAAAAAUAACGAACAAGGGGAUCGAAAUGAUUGCUCAAAAGGAAGCAAACCUGAAACAUUUGGCAAUUUAUAAUUGCAAACAAGUUGAUGCAACUGCAUUGUCUGUUUUAACAAGUGCUAACCUGAGACUCAAGACACUGUGCAUAGUCGGUUGUUCAAAUAUUACCGAGUUCGACUUUUACAGCUUCGCUCAAAACCAACCGGAACUGGAGUAUGCCUACUGUACUAUUCAUUGAAUUUCUGUUGUUUUGUUUAAUAUGUGAAUGAAAUGAACUUUACUAAUGUAUUAUGUUGUUGUUUUGAUUCAAUAAGCAUCGCUCACUGUUUCGUUUAAUAUGUGAAUGAAAUGAACUUUACUAAUGUAUUAUGUUGUUGUUUUGAUUCAAUAAACAUCGCUCACUUGUUGAAAAGUAUAUUUUGUUUUACUUAAAUGAGAAUUCUCAUUCUAUAUAUAUUUUAAAAGUAUAAAAAAGGUAAGUACUUUAAUAUCGUGCAUAUUUUUAUGUUUUCUUUUUGUUUUUCUUGCACCAAGAAAAAUGUGCAAAAACCGAUGAAAUUAAAAAGAUUUCAUACUUGUAAAGGGUAAAAAAAAGGGGGGUAUAUAACUACAGUAAUCACCAAGCUUACUCUCAAAACUCUGACUGACUGACUUUUUCAUAUAAGCCAAAGAUGGGGGUACACAAGACUUCGGCAUCUGGAACAUUUGUCAAUUCGACAGAUUCAAAAUAUCACUCCAAUGGUGUUAUCCACGAUUGAUUAUAAUAUUUGAAACUGAAAAUAAACCUUACGAUGAUUAUAUUUUUAAACUGCUUUCAAGAGCGGUGAGUGUCUGGGUGAGAGGCUAAAGAAACGUGUAUAAAAAUGGAUGUUCUAAAAUGUGUUAAUUAAACAAUGGAAGAGUAUCAGUAUCUAAAGACUUUAAAACACAUCCUUGAGAAUGGGAAGAAAAAAGAAGACCGCACUGGAGUAGGAACAAUGUCAAUUUUUGGUGUACAGUGUAGAUAUUCACUCCGGAACGGAACUAUGCCUUUAUUAACAACCAAACGCGUUUUUUGGCGAGGAGUUGUGGAAGAACUUCUCUGGUUUCUCCGCGGAUCUACCGAUGCCAAAGAAUUGUCAGAACGUGGUAUUCACAUAUGGGACCAAAACGGUUCUCGUCGAUUUCUCGAUAGCUUAGGUUUUUUUGAUCGAGAAGAAGGGGAUCUUGGACCGGUCUACGGAUUUCAAUGGCGUCAUUUUGGAGCCACCUAUAGAAACUCGCACACAGACUAUGGAAACGAAGGUGUUGAUCAAAUUACAAGACUCGUUGAAAUCAUCAAAAAUGAUCCCAACGACCGCCGAAUGAUAUUAUGUUCGUGGAAUCCACCAUGUCACAGUAACUUGUCCUCGCGAAAAAAUUAA